GUCUCCGAUGACACCAGCGCGGUUGCCACGCCUAGCUUCUCUUCACACGUCCCUCGUGCCGACCUGCUCCAAGCUGCAUCCGUUUCGUAUGAGCGCGCUUCCAAGAGCAAGCGACCCUGUACAAACCCUUCCCAUUCUCUCCCUCGCUCCUGCACACUGCUCCCAUCGCAGGUUCGAUAACACAAACAAAAACAGCGGCAAGAACCGGCAGCCAUGGCCGAUGCCCGUGUCAUCAGGCUGUGUGCGCCCGCCACGCUCGCCUCCGUCCUCCUCCUCCUCGUCGCAGCGGUCUUCGUCGCCACCGUUGCCGCCGCCGCAGGCGAGCCCGACCCGGACGCCGCGCGCACCCGGAGCAUCGUGGACUGCGUGACGGGGUGCGUCACGGAGGCGGUAGGCUGCGCCAUGAGGUGCGCGGACAGGCGCGGCGGCAGCGAGGCGCCUCUCUGCGCCACGGCCUGCGUCCAGGGCCACGUCGGCUGCCUCGCCGGCUGCGGCCUGCAGCCCGCGCCCGCGCCGCCGGCCGCGUGACCGAGCCGCUCCUUUCGCUCUUAUUUUGACGAAGGUCACACAUGCUUUGCAGGCAUACGUGCAUCGGUCUCGAUCG